AUGUGUAUGACACUGUUUGGAAAGCUGCAGUAUCUCUCUUCCUCAGUCCAGAGUCCGUUAGAGAGUGAAACCUGGGGCUUAGAGAGUUGCCAGGCCCCACUCUCGGGUCAGUGGACAGAGCUUGGCCCUGUCCCGCCCAGGAGCUGCCCGUGGAGCUGCAGUGGGACUGAGGGCCGGCAGGGCCUGGGGAGGCUAGAUCCCACUUCCUCUGAACGAUCGGCUUCCAGAAAAAGCGAUGUUAGAUCUGUUUACCAGAUCCUCCCGCUCACCCAGAGGGGCAGGGGACGCCGGGCCUCUGAGGAGGGGGGUCUGCCUGGCUCCCAGGUCAUUGGCCGCCCCGGACCCCUGUCCCUCUGA